GACGUCCAUAAACGUCAUACGUUAUAUAUUUUCAUGUGAUUAGACAAAAAAUAUUUUGUCUUCGUUUUGCUUCAUCGAUUCAUAAUUAAUAAGUUUAGGAACGUUACAUUCUAGUCUAUUCCACGAAGUUCGUUCAAAUUACCGAUUGUGAUAGUGAUGCUUAUCAAGGGGUCAGAAAAACAACCUAAUGCUUUUUCAUAGGCAACGUCAAGUAGAAAAGGGUAAAAUUAAUGAAAUCAUCGUCUCGAAUGUUUGCUAUUAGAACCAGCAACGUAGAAUGUCACAAAGCCCUCCCAGCUACAUGGACGGUGUUCCGGUGAAGAUUUCGGAAUGUUUCAAGCCUCCUCCGAAAAUAACUCUUCCGCAAACGGUGAUUAAUCGAUUAGCGCAGUUACAACACGGAAAAGCCAUUGGAACGAAUGGCUACUCUAGCUAUGGUUUCGAUUUGGAAGAAACAGUCUUGCAGCGAAUUGCUGAAUGGCGAGCUGUCAAAGAAAAGACGUGCUAUGAAAGAGAGGAAAGGAUUAGAUCCAAAGAUCAAGAACGAUUGCGACUGGCUGAACAAGAACAAAAGCGUAAGUUAAAUCAGAUUUCUUACCCCAACACAGACGAACUCUCCAGUGCUAGUGAUGAUAACGAGGAUGAAGUUUCGGAAGAAAUUGAGGAAUCCCCUCCGUCUGGAUCUUCUGAAGAGCAAGUUCUGCAGAAGGCUGCUUCGUUGGUAGUUAGUUCUAAUGUUGGUCAGUAUGUACCAUUUAAUCAGUUUGAUACCAUUUUGAUUCCGACGGUGACAAAAUUCGGUGCUAAUGAGAUAGUUACUGACGAUGCAACGGUGUUGAAUUUUAACAUUCCCAAGGGUAACAAUCUGACAAACAACAACAAUAAUAAUAAUAAUAACACGUACAAUAAGAUCAAUUACUCAGAUUUUGAAAACGAUACAUCCAGUCCCUUUGAUAAUAUGGAACUGAAAACAAUGAAUGAUUUAGAUAUUUUAGCUCAAGUUUUAAACUUGAAUGUUUCCAAUUCUUGCUCAGGAACAAAACCUGAAGAAUCAAGAAAUUCGGAUGAAUUGAAAGAAGACAAAGUUCCAGAACCAGUUAUUCUAGAACAGAAGAUUUCGGCAAAAGAACAACACUACAACUAUGUGCAGCCGUCGCAAUAUGAACAAACAACCUAUCCGGUACAACCGCAGCAACAGGCCCCAUCCUCAAAUGAUUAUUAUAAUGCUUUCAAUAGUUACCAGUACAGCUACGGGCAGUAUGCUCCAACUUCCACUACAUCAACUGCUUGCUAUGCACCAACCGAUAAUAGGUUACUCAGUCAAUACAAUACGGCCACAAGUACGUCUUAUACGCCGCCGUUUCAUUCCUACAACCAAGGUACGAGUUCAACCGCAUACAACUAUUUCCCAUACACCAGCUCUGCCACAAACUCGGCAUUGCAAUCUUCCUAUGGACAUUCGUAUCUCUACAACAAUGCGUACGGUCAGCAAACUCAGCAAACGCUGUCCAGUUCGGGUUACAGUUACUCAACACAGCCAUCAACAAUGACCGCAACGGCGGCGAUAGUUCAUGGACCAGAAAGUGAACAAGCUACCGCUUCCACGGUUAUGAGAUCAAAAUCCAAGAGUGUGCCGGACAUUGUGCGUCAAUUGGACGAAGAGGUUCAGGAUUCGGCUCAGCGAAGAACUAGAAAUAACAGCCAAUCCAAUGCCGAAAAAAAUCAGAUCAAUGAUAACACUGCUACUAAAUCUCCAGUAGCUUCAUCUGCUGACCAAGAUUUUACAGUUUAUAAUCAGUUGUCGUUGGCGGAUCAAAACUUAGUCAAACGCAUUAGUUCUAUGGGAUUUCCACUGGGGCGUGUAGCAACGGUGCUUAAACGAAUAGGCAGUGAUGAUAAACAGAUCGUGGAACAUUUGAUACCUUUAGGAGAAUUACUGGAUUUAGGAUUCGAAGAAACGAAAACAUCAGAAGCUUUACUCAAAUUUAGCAACAACAAACAUAAAGCAUUGGAUUACUUGAUAUCGUAGUAUUCGUUCUGAAUAUUAGGGGAGUCUGUCCGUAAAAUUCAGUAUGUGGCGAUAUGAUUUUUGUAUUUGUCCGGUUCGUAAAACCAAUAACUACAGUAGCUAUUUCCAAACAGGACUAUUUGUUAUCAAUGACAUUAAGCUUCGCUUCUUUGUUGCCUUAGAAUGCAAAUAAAAUCUGUAGUAUUAGAAAUCCACUCAAUAGAUCUGUGACCAUUGAAUAGCAGACCCGAAUAUCGUGAUACGUGGAUAUAAUAAAUACCAUACAGCAUAUUAUGCAAGAAAUAUAGUCAAGCCUGUCUGGUUUCAACGAGAAAUUCUGUUUGUAUAUUAUUAUUUAUUCUUGAUUUACUCUAAGUGAAAUAGUUUGGCGGUAUAGUGAACAAUACAAUACAAUCUAUUCAUCCA